UCUCUCUCUCUCUCUCUCUCUCUCUCUCUCUCAUGUGGUCCGGCAAGUAUUUAUGCAGGUUUCCGCAGCGGUAGCUGCACCGCAGCCUGUCGUUCUGCUGCGUGCCUGCAUUGCUGCUCGUCCAAAGCUAACGAAUUUUUCUGUCACUGCGUACGAAAGCUGCCACUCUCUCUGCGCCCCUCCCUUCCAUUCUCUCUCUACUGUGACACGACCUUUGUUUCUUGAUAUAUUGCGACUAGUCUGCUGUGUUGCUGGCACAUACACACGCACAUGUACAAGAGCUGAUCAAGCCGUCAUGGCAAGAGCCUUCCAUGCAGCGUCACCGGCAGCCGCGGCCUCGCCGCUCCAGUCCAAGGACACCGCCACUGGCAGGACCAGCGGCCUCGCCAACCUUCAAUGGCUGCUCAGGAAGCGCGCCAACAAGGUGCAACAAGGCCGGCCGCUCGGGCAAGAGCCCGAGGACGACGACGAUGACGAGGGUGCCUCCAUGUUUGCCGGCGCCACGCCCUACGUCGCAGCCGCGGGUGGCGCUGCAGACGCGGGCCCGACGCGCAGGAAGCGCGGCGAGGUGCUCUCGCGGCUCCGGUCCGCGAUCCUGGCCGUGCUGGCGCGCGCGCGGCGGGGGCGCCAGCCGCUGGGGUCGUGCGCCACCGUCACGGGCACCAUCUUCGGCCGUCGCCGCGGGCAAGUGCUCGUGGCGCUGCAGACCGACCCGCGCACCCCGCCGGCGCUGAUGGUGGAGCUCGCCGCGUACUCCACCGGCGCGCUCGUCCGGGAGAUGGCCUCGGGCCUCGUCCGCCUCGCGCUCGAGUGCGAGAAGGCACCGCUGCUGCAAACAGGUGAUCAUAGGCGGCCGCGGGCGGCGCUGGUGGAGGAGGCGACGUGGCGCGCGUACUGCAACGGGCGCAAGUGCGGUUACGCGGUGCGGCGGGAGUGCGGCGCGGAGGAGUGGCGCGUGCUGCGCGCCGUGGAGCCCGUCUCCGUCGGUGCGGGCGUGCUCCCAGACAGCACGGCCGUUGCGGGCGCCGGCGAGGGCGACCUAAUGUACAUGAGGGCCAAGUUCGAGAGGGUGGUGGGGUCCAGGGACUCGGAGGCAUUCUACAUGGUGAACCCCGACGGGAACGGCGGGCCCGAGCUCAGCAUCUACCUCCUCAGGGUCUAGGAGAGGAAACAGUCACAGUCUACCUAGCAAGUGAUCGUUGCUGCUAUGUUUGCAUGCAUGCAAGCUGGUGCUUCUUGUUAUGAUGAAUAUGGGUUGGGUGCAUGUAUGUGUAUUGUUGGUUGUUUUAGCUAAGUUGUUAUGUGCAAUUUGUGGUUAAUUUUAACAUGUCCCAGUUCUCUCA